AUGAAGGCAGCCUUAGUCGUCGUUGACAUGCAAGAGGACUUCUGUCCACCCAACGGAGUUCUUCCGGUCCAGGAAGGGCGUGCAAUCGCACCUAUUAUAAACGAGUUGUUGGCACACCAGGGGUUCGCGGUACGGGUGGCCACACAAGAUUACCACCCAGUGGACCAUAUCUCCUUUGCCAACAGCCACCCCCGUCCCAACAACCGCCCUUUUGAGAGUGUGAUAACCGUGAACAACCCAGCACCGGGGAAAGAGCACGAAACCAAGCCACAAAACCUCUGGCCAGCGCACUGUGUUGGGGAAACCAGGGGAGCCGAGAUCAUCCCCGAGAUUCAGACCGAUAACAUCGACCUGUAUGUGAAGAAAGGUAUGCACUCUCAGGUGGAAAUGUACUCCGCUUUUGCCGAUGCUUUCGGGAAUGUUGAUCCUUCCAUUACGGAUCAAUCGGUGGACGCCGACCUCAAGGACUUCCUGGCUAGCAAGGGCGUCACGGAUGUCUUCGUGGUCGGUUUGGCGGGCGACUACUGCGUUAAGCACACAGCUAUUGAUGCCGCGAGGGUAGGCUUUAAGAGCUACGUGGUUGAGAAUGCCAUUCGGUGUGUCGUGCCGGGUUCGGGUUGGGACGGAGCCAAGCGGGAGUUGAGGGAGGCGGGAGUAUCCAUCAUUCAAUCAAAUGGCCCUGAGAUUUCUGGUCUGGCGAUCUGA